GUCAUCGCCUGCUCAGCGACUCUCCACUCCUUCGACGUAAAGAAGCUGUCAGAGAGGAUCAUGCACUUCCCCACCUGGGUGACCUGAAGGGAGAGGAUUCUGUCCCUGAGACCGUACAUCACGUGGUCGUACCUGUCAACCCUAAACACGACCGCAGCUGGGAACGCCUCGACCGCAAGAACCACAUCCUGACUGAUGAGGUCCAUGCUAAAGACAACACCAGACCAGGAGCCAACAGCUCAGAGAUGUGGUCUGAGGCCAUCAAGAUCUUGAAGGGGGAGUACACCAUCAGAGCCAUCAGGGAACACAACAUGGACCAGGCCAUCAUCUUCUGUCGGACCAAGAUCGACUGUGACAACAUGGAGCAGUACUUCAUCGUACAGGAGGAGCCACGGGCGGACGUGACCUCACUUAGCCACGGGCGGGACGUGACCUCACUUAGCCACUGGGCGGGACGUGGCCUCACUCUAGCCACGGGCGGGGACGUGGCUCCACUUAGCCACGGGCGGGACGUGGCCUCACUUAGCCACGGGCGGGACGUUCACUUAGCCACUGACGGGACGUGCACCUCACUUAGCCACGUGGGCGGGACGCGGCCUCACUUAGCCACGGGCGGACGUGACCUCACCAGCCACGGGCGGGACGUGACCACCAGCCACUGGCGGGACGUGGCCUCACUUAGCCACUGGCGGGACGUGGUUUCACUUUGA